GAUGAUAGCGUCUCGCACUGACAAUGACAGACAAAUUGAUGUUAGAAUGGUCGUCAGUGCUAAUCUAUCAGGACGUUCGAAAUGACCAUUUUCAAAACAGUUUUAUUUAACAAAAAACUGUUGGCAGCACUGAUUGUGGCAGCCAUCAUAACCGUCUGCGCCAUUACGAUUCCGCUGGUGAUAGUAUCGUCGAGUGGUGAAAAUGCUGCAGAGUCAUUCUCAGGAAGACAGGUCCUCGACGAGGUUCCCCUGAUUGAUGGCCAUAAUGAUUUGCCCUUCAAUAUCUACAAAGUGGAACGAAACUUGUUGGGGAACUUCAACCUGGACUCAAACUUGAAAGAGCAUCCUAUCUGGGGUCAAACGGCCUCCAGCCAAACGGAUCUACCCAGACUAAGGGAAGGAAAGUUAGGGGCCCAAUUUUGGGUGGCGUACAUUCGUUGUGCUGAUACGCAGUACAAGGACGCUGUAGCAAGGACUAUGGAGCAGAUCGAUGUAGCAAAGCGUGUUAUUGCCAAGUAUCCGGAAGAUCUGAAGUACGUGACAACGGCUGAUGGUAUAAUGGAGGCGUUUGGGGAAAAGAAGAUUGCCUCACUGUUGGUAGUAGAGGGUGGUCACUCGAUUGAUUCAAGAUUGCCAGUUUUGCGAAUGUUCUACGAAUUGGGCGUUCGAUAUCUGACUUUGACGCAUUCGUGUAAUUUGCCUUGGGCAGAUGCAUCACCGAUCGACGCGGAAGAGGACCCGCAGUUGAACAAUCUAUCCGAAUGGGGACGCAAUGUAAUUCGGGAGAUGAAUAGACUGGGAAUGAUGAUAGAUAUCUCCCACGUAAGCUACGGAGUGAUGCGAGACGUACUUGAGGAAAGCAUAGCACCGGUGAUCUUCAGCCAUUCUUCGUCACACGCAGUGAAUCAGCACCACCGAAAUGUGCAGGAUGAUGUAUUGGAAGAACUAGUGAAGAACAAUGGUAUUGUUAUGGUUAACUUUUAUACAGUAUUUGUUGGAGGCAAUACGAUCAACGAUGUCGUUAAACACUUCAAUCACAUUAAAUCUGUCACGGGCCCUGACCACAUUGGCAUCGGUGGUGAUUAUGAUGGUGUUGAGCUAACUCCUGAAGGUUUAGAAGACGUUUCCAAAUAUCCGGACCUGUUCGAUAUGUUAGCUUCUGGAAAGUUCACAACUGGGGAAACUUUUGUGCCUUGGACAAGAGAAGAGUUGCGGAAACUUGCCGGACAGAAUCUGUUGAGAGUGUUCAAGCAUGUCGAACAAGUCCGUGACGACAUGCGGAGUGUGCCUCCCUAUGAAGACAUCAUUCCUUAUGCUGAAUUCGAAAGGGUAGGAGCUGCCGACCAACCUUGCAUGACCAAUAUGAAUAUCCAUCAAGAAUAAAAAUAAAUGAAUUGU